GCCUAAUUAGGCAGCACACCUGUCUCCAAUGUGGUGUGGCUUAUAAAAAAACCCCAAAGGAGAUGGAAAGAUCCCUUUGAACGAGAACAAACAAAUUGAAAGAGCUAGUACGAUUUUGAUACUGAAAACCUAUAGUUGAAUAAUUUGCUUGACUGAUCCACCUUUAGCUAUGGCAAAAGAGAAGAGUCACGUUAAUGUGGUGGUUAUUGGCCACGUCGACAGUGGUAAGUCCACCACCACCAGCCACCUCGUCCUCAAAUGCGGCGGCGUCGACCCCAGGAAAGUGGAGAAGCUCUGGAAGGCUGCGACCAACUUGGGGAAGAGUUCCUUCAAGUUUGCCUGGGUGCUGGACAAGCUGCAGGCCGAGCGUGAGCGAGGGAUUACAAUUGACAUUUCUCUGAUGAAAUUUGAGACCCAGAAGUACACCAUGACUAUAAUUGAUGCACCGGGCCACCGUGACUUCAUCAAAAACAUGAUAACCGGGACAUCUCAGGCUGAUGUUGCUAUUCUGGUGGUCUCUGCGGCCAAAGGAGAGUAUGAAGCUGGUGUGUCGAGAAGCGGUCAGACCAGGGAGCACGCCUUGCUGGCCUACACCCUGGGGGUGAAGCAAAUCAUAGUCUGCGUGAACAAGAUGGAUAUGGCUGAACCACCUUACUCCCAGAAACGCUACGACGAAAUUGUGCGAGGUGUGACUGGCUUCCUCAAGAAGAUCGGCUACGACACAGCGUCUGUGCCGUUUGUACCCAUUUCUGGCUGGCUUGGGGAGAACAUGAUCGCUGCAACUCAGAAGAUGUCAUGGUACCAAGGCUGGAAAGUGAAACGACGGGAAGGGAAUACGAUUGGGAAGACUCUGCUGGAGGUUUUGGAUUCGAUUCAACCGCCUGUGCGCACAAUUAACAAGCCUUUAAGAUUACCCCUGCAGGACGUGUACAAAAUUGGAGGUGUUGGGACUGUGCCAGUGGGCAAGAUUGAAACUGGUGUCCUCAAACCCGGUAUGACCCUGAUGUUCUCCCCGGCCAAGCUGACUGCAGAGGUCAAGUCCAUUGAGAUGCACCACCAAGGCAUGGAGACGGCUCUGCCGGGGCACAACGUCGGCUUCAGCAUCAAGAAUGUGUCCGUCAAGAGCCUGCGGCGCGGGGACGUGGCUGGCAAUGCCCAGCACGAUCCUCCGUCAGAUGUCCGCAGCUUUGAAGCACAGGUAAUCAUCCUGAACCAUCCAGGGCGGAUCAAAGUGGGCUACUCCCCCGUCCUGGACUGCCAUACCGCCCACGUCACCUGCCGCUUUGCUGAGCUGAAGGAGAGACUUGACCGCCGCUCAGGCAAGAAACUUGAGGACAAUCCACAGACGCUGAUGUCUGGAGACGCCGCCACCGUCAAACUGGUUCCCAUCAAGCCCAUGUGUGUGGAGACCUUCUUCACAUACCCUCCUUUAGGACGCUUUGCAGCAAGAGACCUGAAGCAGACGGUCGCUGUGGGGGUCAUCAAGUCGGUGGAGAAGGACAAGGGGGCGAAACACUCCCACAAAAUAUCUAAAUAA